UACUCUGUGCAAUAAUGUCACUGUCAUAUAAACUUCUGUCAAAUUGACAACAGCAAAAUAGUAAGACAUAACCUCUCAUCUAAUGUAAGAUACUCAAAUUAGUUUAGAAUGUUUCUAACACUAAGGUUGUUAUCGAAUCGACACCCUUCAUUUAUUGCGCGCACGGUGUUUGUAAAGAACAACAAUGUAGAUGACGCAUGUCGCCUGGUCAACAGGAUCCUCGGUAAAGAAGGCAUUUUGGAGCAGUUUAGGUUAACCAGAUACUAUGAGAAACCAUUCCAGACAAGGCGCCGAGUUAACCAUGAAAAAUGCAAGGCAAUCUACAAUGAGGACAUGGAAAGAAAGAUUCAGUUUGUACUCCGAAAAAACAGACAUGACCCUUUCCCAGGGUGUUCUUGAGAAACCAGUAUCACAAUUAUAAAACAAAUAUUUAUAACAAUGUAUGCAGCAUAAACAAUUGAUGAGAUAUCAAGAAGUAAUAAGUGCGACCCAUAGUUUAGUAUAAUAUAUUAGAAAUAAAAUAUGUGAAUAAAUAGUA